AUGGAUGAUGAAGUUAAGAAAAAAAAUUCAUCUACUGGCACGGAUCAUGAACUUAACCAUGAAAAUUUAUUCAAUCUCAACCGGCUAAAAGAUGGUUAUGUAUCCAUUGUGGAUAAAAUGGGUUAUGGAAAAUUUAAACCCUAUUUGGGACGUCUGUUCCAUGCAGUUGAAAUUAUGUUCAUACAUGAAGUAACUGAAUUUAAGAAAAUCGAUGCUAAAUAUCAAGAUAUGGUACGGCAAUGUCAUAUUUAUGAGAAAACGUUAGCAAUGCUUAAAGAAAGAAGUUCUUGUGACGUGAGCUCGUUCAGUGAGUCAAGUAAUACAUAUGCAUUCGACGAUCUAACUAAAGUAACUCCAUAUCUUGCACCUGAUCUUCUACAAUCAACACUUGGCGCAGGAAAUAUUGCUGGCGGUAGUACGUCACUACAAUUUCGUUUACCUAGUCGUCGUUCAUCAUUAUCGAGUCGUCAGUAUGUCUCGACACCACUUGCACCAACACGAACAAUAAAACAAGCCGUACCUCUUGCUCAUUUCGAUGAUGAUUCAUCAUUCGUUCUUACAACGAGUCUUGGUUUUCCACAACAAGAAAAAAGAUUUGUUGAUGCUUUUACUGAACCCGAACCUAUAGUAGUCAUUGAAAAGAAAGACUUCUGUUGUCAAAUAAUUCCAUCAUGUCAAGAUCAAGAAAUUGAAACAACUCGUUUUAUUGUUCAAUAUCAAUCAAGUCAAACCGAUAUGAUAUCGACAGAAUCGAUUGCUUGCCAAAUAAAUCCUAUUUUUAAUGAUUGUUCAAUACAAACUCUUUUACAUGAACUAAAAGACUUUUCGUGUCAAUUUAUACCGACUUCAAAUGAUCAAACAACUGAAACAAUUACAAAAGAUUAUCAUACACAAGCAAUUCAAACGGAUUCGAUUCUUAAACAUAAUUAUUGCUGUCAAACAACACCCGAAUAUAUCGAUCAACAAAUCGAAACAAUACCUAUCUUAACGGAAAGCAUCGCUUUACAAUCAUCAUUAAAUAGCUCGACACUAUGUGAUGAUCAAUAUAUUCAAACUGAUUUUACUGUUCAUAUUGAUGUGUCAACUCAAUAUGAUAUCGAUUUAGAUAAACCUGAUAUAGCUAUUCUCAUGAGUUUACUUAGUGAAGAUUUACCAAUAUCCAAUGAAGUUGAAAUUCCAAUUGAAAAAUAUGGAAUAGAAAUUGAACAAAAAAGUUAUGUUGAUCAAGAAUGUCAAACAAUCAAUAACGAUGUUCAUCAAUCGAAUGAAUUUACUCAAACACCACAUAUUCAUUUAAAUGAUUGUGCAUCACAAUCAUCAGUAAUAACAGUUGAACAUCGAGAUAUUCAAACAGAACCCAUUUCAAAUUUAUAUUCAUCAGCUCUUUAUAUUGUACCAACAUCAAUCAAUCAACCAUGUUGUUCAUCAAAAAUUGUAAUUAUACCGUCAGAAAUUCGAUCAUCUCCGAGUCUUAUUGAGCAAGAAACUCAAUGUGAUCUUUCUUCAUUGGAUACACCAAUUCCAAUUGUCAUACAAACUAAAACCAAUAAUACUGAUAGAAAAAGUAUUAUUCAACAACAAAUGGAUGAAAAAGAAAAGCAAAUGAAUAGAAUUAUUGAGGAAUACGCAAUACUGUAUGGCGAAUAUGAAACUGAACGACGCCGUAAUUUAGAUUUAACUGAAGCUCGUGAUCGUCUAGCAGAUCAUAUCAAGAUUCUUUCGGAUGAAUUAGGAGACCGAGAGAUCAAUCAGGAAAGAUUAUUAAUAAAAAGUUGUCAACAGAAUAAGUUGAUUAAUUAUAUGUUACCACAAAUUGAUUGUUCUCCGAUGCCAAAAAAAAAACAUCAUUCAGCCACUACUCUUCGUCGACUUUUACCCAGAUUUAAAUGA